CCUGGCUGCCCCCUGCCAGCAGCCCAGCAGCCACAGAUCUUCGUCCCUGCUAUCGACAAUGUCUGGUUCAGUAGAUGACGUGCCCUGCAUGAACUUUGAAGCCAACAUAUUUGCAAAGAGCCUGUGCCAGCACUGUUUCCGAGCCGCAGGGGCUCACCAGCAUGCUAUCCAGGAGCAUGCCGUGGAGGUCGCAGGGCGUGAUGGCGGCAGCGACGCAGACCCAGGCGGGCCCUGGGAUGCUCUCCGUAUUUUAACCCCGCAGUGCGAGGUAUACGUGUGCGUGGGGCCAGUGGAGGGGACGGAGCGCUGGCACGAGAGCAGGGGAUAUCCCCCACUCAGCCCUGGAGCUGAGGGUGAGCACAGAGAAACCGGCACCGACCCCAGCGCCUGUGCCGAAGCCAACUCUACGCUUGCCAGGGACGGGGAAAUGACCCGGUUGUGGGACAACACUUUGGGAUCAGGCAAACGGGACAUGAUGAGCUACACAGGCCACAAGGAGGAGAUGCGGCCACGAGCCCUGCAGGCAGACAGAGCCAGGUGGGCUCAGCCCGUUCCCUCUGGAUCCUGGGUGAGAGCUGAGGCCCAGGGCUUUAGGAAAGAAAUCUGCCCGCUGAAAGCAGACCGCCGUCCCACCAGCCAGAAGCCCGAGGAGAGCUGGCCGAAGCACCGGAAAACCGACCCUCCCUGGGCAUCCACCCCGCCACGUGCCACCACCGGCUCCUCGCUGGCCUGCAGUGACCCGUUGGCCGGCGGCGGGCACCUUGCCGGCUCCCGGGUUCGGGAGCCCCGUGGGCACCCCGGUGGCGGGGGCACGGAGGGACGGCACGGGCUGGAGAGGCAGGAGUACACGGUGCUGGCGGACCUGCCCAAGCCCAAACGCCUCGGCCAGCGGGAUGCUGUCGACCGCUGUGGUUCCCGCACGCUCAGCCCCGGCCGGGUGGAGGUGGAGAGGAUAUUUGGCUGCGAACGCAGGAAAUCGGAGACCCUGGAGGCCUUCCAGGCCUUGGAGGAGGGCCGCGUGGACCGGCUCGAUGGCAAGACCCCAGUGCCACCCAGCAAAGGCCACCUAGUCCAGAGGCAGUCCAGCCCCAGCCUGCCCAGGGAGGGUCAGCGGCUCUCCUGGCACCUCGAGCAGCACAGCAGAGACCCCAAGGAGCCCCUCCAUUCCCCCAGCCUGACUCGACACCCCGAGAAGGCCAGCAGGAACCGGGGAGAUCCCCAGCGCCCUGCCAGCCCCGGCUGGCUGCUGGAGAAAGGCAGCCGGAGCCCACGUUCCGCAAGUCUGUCCCACCGGUCAGAGAGGAGGGCAGGGGAGCCCACAAGCCCUCCCUGGCACUCAGAAAAAAGCUGGAGGAGCCGAGGGGAGCCUGGCCGCCCCCAAAACUCGGAGAGGGGUCGAGCCACCUGGCAGGCUGGGGGUACAGGGCAAGCCCCAGAAAGGAAGAGCCGAGGGGACUCCCUGCACCCUGCGGGCCCUGGGAAAGGCUCGGAUAACAGCAGGCUGAGCCGGCUAGGGCCACCGCCACGGUCCCUCAGUCCCGGGAGAUGUACGGAGAGCACGUGGAGAAGCCAGAAGGAGAUCUCCCCUCCCGGCCCAGUGCGGGGGGCAGAGAGGCAACGGGUGAAGCCGGGCAAGCCGCUGCACCCUGGGGGGCCCGGGAAGCCAUCCGAAUGCGGCUGGCAGAGCCUCCAGGAAAAGCUGCAGCCCUCCCACCCCGGGAAGGGCACCGGCAAUGACUGGAAAGGUCAAGGCAAGCCCCUGCGCCCUGUGAGCCCAACACGACCGCUGGAGCAGGACUGCAGGGGUCGGGGGGAUGCCCACCAAGCGCAGGUGUGGGAAAAGAACUGGAAGCGCCAACAGAGGCCAGUGUGCCAUGCCGACUUGAUGCGCCAGCUGGAAAGGGACUGGAAAAGCCCCACUAGAUGUCUGGAUGUAGGGCUACAGCCGGAUGACAGCUGGAAAAGGCCUGAGAGUCCAGCACAGCGGCUGGAGGAUGAGUGGAAGGGUCCUGAGCACACUCGAGACACAAACAAUCCAGAGAAGCCAUUGGAAAGCAACUGGGGGAACAAGAGGCUUCUCAUUUACCUUCCCCAGCUGGAUGGAGGCACCUUCCCACCGCAGAGCAGCACCGGCUCCUCAGGAAGCCUGCAGCCACGUUCGAACGCCAGUGAGAAGCGCAAUAAGCCGGAUCUCCUCAAUUUCAAGAAGGGAUGGAUGUCCAUUCUGGACGAGCCGGGAGAGUGGAAGAAACAUUGGUUCGUGCUGACCGACUCGAGCCUGAGGUAUUACCGGGACUCGAACGCGGAGGAGGCUGAUGACCUUGACGGAGAAAUCGACCUCCGCUCCUGCACAGACGUGACGGAGUUCGCAGUGCAGCGCAACUAUGGCUUCCAGAUACACACGAAGGAUGCCGUCUUCACCUUGUCAGCAAUGACCUCGGGCAUCCGGCGCAACUGGAUCGAAGCCCUGAGGAAGAAUGUGCGCCCGGUCAGCGCUCCGGACGUCACCAAGCUCUCUGACUGCGAUAAGGAGAACUCCUUCCGUAACUGCGUCCCCCAGAAGGGCUCACUCCGGACAGAGGAGCAGCAGCGGCCGGGCUUGGGCUCCGAGGGGAGCUCGAAGGGUGGUCACUGGAAGGCGGACGGGCAGCGCCAUGCCUUUGACUACGUGGAGCUGUCUCCCUUGCCGCAGGACCCUGGGAAUCAUGGGUCCCUGCAGAGGACAAGAGGGAGUUUGAGGAUCUCUGACCGAACUCCCAAGCAUGAGGAGCUGGAGCGGGAUCUGGCCGUCCGUUCAGAGGAGAGGCGAAAAUGGUUUGAGACCCCCGACGGCAGGGUCCCAAACAGCGAUGGCCCAGCAGGAGACUCUUCCCGCAAGGUGGGGGAGCAGGACCUCCCCGCUCCCCCGCUUUCAGAGGACCAGCGGGUUCGGCUGAAUGAGGAGAUAGAGAAGAAGUGGCUGGAGCUGGAACGCCUGCCCUUGAAAGACUCGCGGCGAGUGCCCUUGAUGGCACUGCUGAACCAGAGCAAGGGGGGCCAUGGAGACACCAAUGAGGCGCUGAAAAAGGAGGUCCAGUCACUGCGGGCGCAGCUGGAGUCCUGCCGGGCCCGAAACGAGAGCCUUCGAGAGGCAGCGAAAUCCCAGGGAGACGGCCACGUGCCCCGGGGGUACAUCUCACAGGAGGCCUGCGAGCGCAGCCUGGCUGAGAUGGAGUCAUCCCACCAGCAAGUGAUGGAGGAGCUCCAGAGGCACCACCAGCGGGAGCUAGAGCGGCUGCGGCAGGAGAAGGAGCGGCUCCUCGCAGAGGAGGCGGCGGCGACAGCAGCAGCCAUCGAGGCGCUGAAGAAAGCCCACCGGGAGGAGAUGAACAAGGAGCUGGGCAGGACACGAAGCUUCCAGCAAUGCAGCUCGGUCUCAGAUGCCCUCCAGAAGCAGCACCAGUUGGACGUGGAUUCCCUGAAGCGGGAGCUGCAAGUGCUUUCUGAGCAGUAUUCCCAAAAGUGCCUGGAAAUCGGGGAUCUCACCCAGAAAGCAGAGGAGCGGGAGCAGACACUGCAGCGCUGUCAGCAGGAGGGGAAGGAGCUCCUCCGGAAAAACCAGGAGCUGCAGACCCGCCUCUCGGAUGAGAUCGGGAAGCUGCGAAGCUUUAUUUCGUCACGAAGCUCUGGAGACCGCUCUCCGCACAACAACGAGCGGAGCUCCUGCGAGCUGGAGGUGCUGCUGCGGGUGAAGGAGAACGAGCUCCAGUACCUAAAGAAAGAGGUGCAGUGCCUGCGGGAGGAGCUGCAGAUGAUGCAAAAGGAUAAGAGAUUUGCCUCAGGGAAAUACCAAGAUGUCUAUGCAGAGCUGAAUCACAUUAAGGUGCGCUCGGAGCGAGAGAUCGAGCAGCUGAAGGAGCACCUGCGCCUGGCCAUGGCGGCUCUGCAGGAGAAGGAGUCACUGUGCAACAGCAUCGGCGAGUAACGGUCUGCUCUUCGUUUGUUUAUCUGUUCUCGGUUUGUAUUUGCUCCAUUCCUCACUUGAGGGGAGGGGGAGGUUGAAUCCCAUCCGUUAUUGCCUUGGCGAGGAAUCCCACACCCCUCUCAACCUCCUCACUCCCCUCCCAAAGCUUUUUUGAUGAACCCCUUUUGCCUGCGUACCUGAGCACGUUGUUUGGACUGGCUCCUUACAUGCACCUUCUCCAGGAUUUUAUAUGUGAAAAUUAUAUUUUGUAGAGGAAUUUUUUCCCCCUGGGAAGAAGGGGAAGAGGAGGGGGGAGAACUCGUACUACAUCACCAGCAUUUUCUAACCUGAAAAAGAGAAUCUGGUUUUCCCCCCCUCCCCAGCCCCGUUGCUCCCAGCCACACCGCCACCUUCAGCACAUAUUCCCUCUCUUCCAAAUGUCUCCGUGGCCCCGCUGGGAUGCACGGCAACGACCACGCUCCCCCUCCCGUGCCAGCCCCGGGGACCUGCGGAGAAGACAUGCAAGCCAUAGGAGGGAGUCGCCGGGGCAGUCUGCCAUGGACGUGCUUGCCUGGGACUUUUGAAAGAGGAGACCUUGGCAAGAGUCCGCAUGAUCGAGCUCUCUCCGUGAUUGUCCUUUGGCUCCUUCAAGAACCCAAACUGGCAGGAGCCCAGAGCCACGGGGCUUCUCCUUUCUGGGGAAGAGGAGCUGUGAGGCUGCUAUUGCACCCGCCAGAGCCAACCUCCCCCAAGGUGGCAGCUGCUGCUGCUCUGCUGUGCCCUUCAACUUUUAACUUAAUAAAAUCUUCCCCUUUCGCUGAGAAAAA